AUGGAGCUGCUGGCGGAGGAAGCUGGUGUGUUUGGUGAUAACGAAGCUUCAGUAAACGCUGGAGAAUCAUCAGUGAUGCUCCUCCUCCUCCUCUUCAUCGUUCAAGACCCCAUGGUAACCAGUGGAGGCGGUUGCCCUAACGACACAAACAAGGACCACCGCCCCCGUGUGAGCUGUGUGAGUCAGGGUCUCGGUGCGGUGCCAGACGAGGUUCAUUUAGGAACCGAGGUUCUGGUUCUGACGAAGAACCGCUUCCUGUCUCUGACCUGGUCCUCCUACAGCAGGUUCACUCACCUGCACGAGCUGGACCUGAACCAGAACCUCAUCACCACCGUACAACCACCAGGUCCUGUACUGGCAAAGCUGCACGUUCUACGACUCUCGAACAACAAGCUCUCAGGUUUGGGUCCGAAAGCCUUCAGCUCCGCCCCUAACCUGAUGGAGGUCUAUCUGGAUGGAAACGCCCUCCGUGUCCUGGAUGAAUCGACCUUCGGUGACCUCCCUCACCUGGAGGUGAUCAACCUGUCCCGAAACGAGCUGCACGUCCUGCCCCCGCGCCUGCUGGACCUGGUCUCCUCCGGCACCCUCAAGACCUUCGACUUGGAAGGAAAUCGUGUCCAGCAGCUUCCCGACGGGUUCUUCACCUCCAAGCCUGAGCUACCGUACGUCUACCUUUCCCAGAAUUCCUGGGUGUGCACCUGCCUGGUGGGUUACCUGCAGCGCUUCCUGGAUGAUCAGGGGCACAACAUCUACAGACACACCGGACCCACCAGUAUCGAGAACGACCCAGAGAGUGUGGUGUGUGCCACGCCCACCCAGCUAGAGGGACGGGCCAUAGUGGACCUGAAGGAGGACGAGUACUGCAGGCGAGACGUGCACCCUUCAUUUGCAACCACCAGACCAACAACCCCAACAACCAUCAAGACGAUUGUUCACACCACUGUCCUGAGGAGCGUUUGGACCAGACUGGAGUCCUGGACGAUGAUGUACGUAUGGACCUUCAAAUCUGAUCACCAUCUUACAGCCACGCAAAGAACCUUUUUGGCGCCCACCACUGCCACCCCCGAUCCAGGAGAUCCAAAACUUCCUUCAUCUACCCCCCUGACCACAACAGCGCUGCCCUCUGUACACAGCUCCGCCUACGGUGGCACACAGCGCUCAGUGCCCUGGUGCUGGUGGUUAUUCAUCACGUUUUUGUUGCUCAGUAUUCUAUCUGGAAUCUUCUCCUGUGUUCUCUUCCUCUGGCUCAUCGUUACCUACAUCAAGCUUUAUCGACCAAUCAAACGGCAGCUCUUCACCACCAGGAGGAAUGAAACUGUGACCCUGAUGAGGUACAAGACCACAGGGGAAGGAGAAACGUCCAUGACAGAUGAAGUUCAGGAGAAACUGGUGCCCUUUUUACCACAGAAGAUGAUUCGAGACGUUCAGCCCGUCUUCCGUUCGGUGCUGUUUAUCUCCAAAGAAGACGAGGGAGACGAGGACGGAGGCGAGAACACGGGAAGUGCCGGAUAUGAUGCAGCGACCAAGAUAGAACUGGUGCCGUCAGUGACCCUGAGGAGAGGAGCUGGUGAGGGAGGAACAGACAGGAAGGAAGUGUUCAGGAAGACCUUGUACCGGGUGAUAAGUCGAGAAGAAGAGAUCGACGGAUGGAAGGAGGUGGAGAAGAGCAGUUGGGGUGUGGCACAGAGCGCAGGGGCGGGGUCAGAAGGGAAGACGAGGUAUAGCCUGAUCCUCAGGGAGGAACGAGGAGGUACGGUGGAGGACAGGAAAUCCGAGGUGGAGUGGCUGAUGGGCGAGUGGGAGAUGGGUGGAGCCGGAGGAGGAGGAAUGAACCAGGGAAGCUGGGGGUCUCUGGUGAGAAGAAUGGAAGGGUGGAGCCUUCCUGACUCCGCCCACCCUGACACGCCCGAGAAUGUUGCACAAACACCAGUUUGAGUUUGGAUUGUGUUACUGAAGUAUAGUGAAACAUCUUUGGAAUUGUCGCCCAUAAACACCAACUUUCAGAAAAAUUUGC